CCACAGUGAACCAACACCCCGAUUAUUAAUCUCUUGUAACAGUCCGUCCAUCUAUUAUAUAUUCAUAAAUAAUUUACUAGACACAUAUUUCAUUUCAAGGAAGAUCUGACUGCUCAUCCAGUCGUGUAUCUUUCCAUGAAAGCAAGGUGCAAGAUUAAAAUUCUCGAGAUUUCUGGAGGUAUCGGUUGCGAAGGUGCCCAAACAAGACAGCCCUCAUCUGACUUCUGGCUUUCCCCGGUUGUCCAGCCAUCGGGGCCGCGGGGAGCAGCAGUGGAGCCGAGGGACCAAGCGCACCGCGGGGCUGCAUCCCUGACUCCAGCUCAGGUGCACUGGCACCGUGAUAAAAAACUUCAUUAUUCCUCAGUCAGGUGGCAACGCUCCAAGUGUGGGUAACAAGAUAUGCUUGGAAAGACAGCCAUGGUAGAUACCAAGGAAAGAGAGUUUCUCAUUGCAUGUCUAUGGAGCUCUAAGGGAGCCAGCAUCUUAAUUACCAACCCGAUUUCAGUGAAAACAAGGUUUAUACAUUUAAUUAUGAAAGCAUGCUUCUCAGUGGACUUCCAGAGAAAGGACUUGCAAGAGCUGGGAUCAGAAUAAAAAGUAAAGUGGAAAUUAGUGGUAUUGGGCCAAAACUUUGUCUUAUUAGGAUUCACUCAAUCGAAGCAGCAGAGUACAAUGGCGUCUGGCCUACAAGCUCAUUCUCUCGAUCACUUAAACUGACCCAGGUACUAACUGGGCAACUUAGUAAUCCCAUCAAGUUCGAGUAUAGCAAUGGCCACAUCGGAAACCUUAUGGCUCCUGAUUCUGUCUCGGAUGAUGGUCUGAACAUCUACAGAGGGAUUCUGAAUGUGCUGGAGCUAAGUAUGAAGAAGAUGCAAUAUUCAUACAGCUUACAGGAGGCUGGGAUCGGAGGUAUUUGCAACACAACAUACGCAAUCCAGGAAAACAAGAGAGCAAACCUAGUCUAUGUGACCAAAUCCAAGGACCUGAACAGCUGUGAAGAGAAAGUUGAAAUGGUCACAGGUUCAGCAUACACCCAUCCAUGCCGGACCUGCCAGCAGAGAAACAAGAAUUCCCGGGCAACUGCUACUUACAAUUACAAAAUUAAAUAUACACGUAAUGAAGCUGUAAUUACACAAGCUGAUGUUGAGGAAAUCCACCAGUUUGCACCCUUCAAUGAGAUAACAGGAGGAAAUGCUAUAGUAGAAGCAAGGCAGAAACUUGCUUUGACUGACGUGCAAAAGCACAUGGCGGAAGUCCCACGGAAAGAAUUCCAGAACCGUGGGUCGCUUCAGUACCAGUUUGGCAGUGAAUUGCUUCAGCUUCCUGUCCACUUAUUCAGAAUAAAAAAUGUGGAAAGCCAGAUAGAGGAAAGCCUGCAAGAACUAGUGGAGACCACAUCUGAACAGCUUCCCAGCGAUGCACCAGCAAAAGCCCUCAAGCUUAUACACCUCUUCCGUGCAGCAAGUGAGGAGAAUUAUGAGUCCGUGUGGAAGCAGUUCUCCAGCCGGCCAGCAUACAGGCGCUAUAUUUUGGAUAUAAUUCCUGCAGUUGCCAGUCACCGUGCACUCAGGUUCUUGAGGCAUAAAAUGGAAAGGCAAGAGCUCACCAACUGGGAAGCAGCUCAGACUGUGCUUGUGGCUCUGCACGCAAGCACACCAACUCAGGACGUGAUGGAGGAAGCAACGCUCAUCGUGAAAAAACAUUGCCCACGCUCAAGUACUGUACUUGGAAAGGUUUGCCAUCUCAGCUAUGCGUCGCUGUGCCACAAACAGUGCUCUUCAUCAGACUCCUGCUCUGAAUGUCUCCAGUUACUUCAUGGCUUUGCGGGAGAGGCAUUGAGCAAGUCUAACACAGAAGAAAUUUCCCUGGCUUUGAAAGCCCUUGGGAAUGUAGGGCAUCCAGCCAGCAUCAAGCACAUCAAGAAAUUUUUGCCAGGAUAUGCAGCCAGUGCCUCAGAUCUGCCACUCAAGGUCCAUGCGACUGCUGUAACGGCCCUGAAAAACAUAGGCAUGAAAGACCCAAAAAUGGUCCAGGCUAUUACCCUUGAGAUUUUCCUGAAUCACAAAAUUCAUCCUCGGGUCCGAAUGUUAGCUGCAGUGGUUUUGCUUGAAACUAAGCCAGGUCUUCCAAUAGUGAUGACAUUAGCUGAUGCUGUGCUGAAAGAACCUAGCAUGCAAGUGGCAAGUUUCAUCUACUCUCACCUGAGGGCCCUGGGUAGAAGCACAGCUCCAGAUCUUCAAGUGAUGGCUUCUGGCUGCAGAAUGGCUAUCAGAGUAUUAAGUCCCAGAUUUGACAGAUCUGGAUAUCAGUUCAGCAAGGUUUUCCGCUUCAGUAUGUUUAAAGAGUUCCUUAUGAGUGGACUGGCAGCUAAAUAUUUGGUAUUGAAUAAUGCGGGCAGCUUAAUUCCAACGAUGGCAAUGUCCCAGCUGCGGACACACUUCCUUGGAAGAGUAGCUGAUCCUUUGGAGGUGGGAAUAACGGUUGAAGGAGUGCAGGAGAUGUUUGCUAAAGGUUAUUCUCCUGACAGGGACUGGGAGACUGACUAUAAUUUCAAGGAAAUCCUGAAAACGCUUUCUGACUGGAAGGCAUUCUCCAGUGACAAACCUUUUGCAUCAGGCUACCUGAAGGUAUUUGGCCAAGAGUUGUUCUUCGGUGGACUCGAUAAAAACGCCAUCCAAAAUGCAUUGCAGGCAUGGUAUGGACCGGAUGAAAAAAUCCCUUCGAUAAGGAGAAUAAUCAGUAGCCUUCAAAGUGGUGUAGGGAGGCAGUGGACCAAGGCUUUACUGUCCUCUGAGAUCCGUCAUAUCGUGCCCACCUGCACUGGGUUCCCAGCAGAGACCAGCUUCUAUUACUCUUCUGUCACAAAAGUGGCAGGAAAUGCUCAAGCACAGAUUACACCUUCGCCAAAGUCUGAUUUCAGAUUGACUGAGUUACUAAAUGCCAACAUCAGGCUACGAUCUAAAACAAGUCUAAGCAUGGCUAAAGAGAUGACCUUUGCAAUGGGGAUCAACACACGCAUGAUCCAGGCAUUGCUGGAAGCACACACCAAAAUGAAUGCUCAUGUACCUGUGAAUGUUGUUGCCACUGUCCAUAUGAAGGAAAAAAAUAUCAAAAUUGAAAUUCCACCAUGUAAAGAUGAGACUAACAUAAUUACUGUAAGGUCCAAGACAUUUGCUGUUACACGAAAUAUCGGGGAUUUGGCUGCUAGUAAGAUGACUCCAGUUCUUCUACCUGAAGCAGUGCCUGACAUAAUGAAGAUGUCCUUCGAUUCAGAUUCUGCAUCAGGCGAGACUGAUAACAUCAGGGACAGACAGUCUGCAGAAGAUGUUUCAUCGGGAAAUUCAUUUUCCUUUGGACACUCUUCUUCCCGAAAAGAGCCAUUUGUCCAAUCCAUGUGCUCCAACGCAAGUACAUUUGGGUUUCAAGUGUGCAUUGAGAGGAAAAGCGUACAUGCGGCAUUUAUCAAAAACGUGCCUCUCUAUUACCUAGUUGGAGAGCAUGCCCUUAGAAUGAGCUUCAAGCCAGCUUACACAGAGGCAAACAUUGAAAAAAUACAAGUAACAAUUCAAGCAGGAGACCAAGCUCCUACAAAAAUGGUACGUUUAGUAACAUUUGAAGAUCCAGAUGCACAAGUAUCUUCCGGGAAAUUAAAAGCAAUUAAAAGAGUGAAGAAAAUCCUUGAUGAUACUGAUGACCAGGGUACAAGAAAAUCCAGAAGUUCAUCGUCCAGUGCCAGCAGCAUCAGUGGACGUGGUGAGAGUACAACGAGCAGCCCCUCCAGCAGCGACUCUGACAACAGAGCAUCACAGGGAGGCAGCCAGAUAAAUCUGAAAACAAGACGGUCCAAAGCCAAAGAAAAGAAAUUCUACCCCUUUGGAGACAGCAGCAGUAGCAGCAGUAGCAGCAGCAGCAGUAGUGGUAGCAGCAGCAGUAGCAGCAGCAGCAGCAAAAGCAGUAGUAGUAGCAGCAGCAGCAGUAGUAGUGGUAGUAGUAGCAGCAAAAGCAGCAGUAGUAGCAGGAAAAGCAGUAGUAGUAGUAGCAGCAGCAGGAAAAGCAGUAGUAGUAGUAGCAGCAGUAGCAAAAGCAGUAGUAGUAGUAGCAGUAGCAAAAGCAGUAGUAGUAGCAGCAGCAGUAGCAGCAAAAGCAGUAGUAGCAGUAGCAAAAGCAGUAGCAGCAGUAGUAGCAGCAAGGGCAGCAGAAGCAGUAGUAGCAGCAGCAAAGGCGGCAGCAGCAGCAGUAGUAAAGCAUCUGGUAUAAAGCAUAAGGCUAAGAAGCAGUCCAAGACCACGUCAUUUCCACAUGCCAGCGCUGCUGAAGGAGAGAGAAGUGUCCGUGACCAGAAGCAUAAAACACAGAGUAGCAGCAGUAGCAGCAGAAGCACCAGCAGUGGCACCACCAGCAGCAGUGAAAGCGUUGGUGUUUCCCCUCCCCACAGCAAAUAUGACAGACAAGCUGAGCCAAAACAUGUCAAGUCCCAAUUUAACAGUCACAGUGGUUACACCGUUUCUACAGAAUGGGAUCAUCUUCCAAAAGUAUACCGGCUCCGUUUCAGGUCUGGUCACAUCCAUUGGCAUCCAGAUCGGAAGAUGUCGAGCAGCUCAUCGUCAUCUUCCUCUGAGUCGGGAAGCAGCCACAGCAACAGCAGCAGCAGCAGUGGCAGCAGCAGCAGGAGCAGUCGCCCGAGCAGCAGUAGCAGCAGCCACCGCCAUGGGGAAAACGCUGGCCACAGCUCAAGGAGGAGCCACGUGAGCAGAGGAGCCAGCGGUCACCACAGCCAUGGUUCCAGCCCGACACGGGAGCGCAACUUCCUGGGAGACGUAAUUCCACCUGGCAUUACGAUUGUGGCACAGGCAGUAAGGAGUGACAACAGAAAUCAAGGUUAUCAAGCUACAACAUAUGUUCGUUCUGAUGCUGCCAAAGUUGAUGUGCAACUAGUUGUGGUUCAGCUGGCUGAAACCAAUUGGAAAGCGUGUGCCGAUGCUGUAAUACUGCCUCUGAAAGCACAGGCCAGACUGAGAUGGGGCAAGGAGUGUCGGGACUACAGGAUAGCAGCCAUAGCUACCACAGGCCAACUGGCGAGGAAGCCAGCCAUGCAGCUGAAGGUGCAAUGGAGAAACCUUCCAACCUGGAUAAAAAAGACAAGCACGGCAUUCAUGCAAUACGUUCCUGGUGCAGCGCUCGUGUUGGGCUUCUCAGAAGCACAUCAGAGAAAUCCAUCUCAUGAAUUUAUAGUAAGGGCAGCCGCAACAUCUCCAAGAACAAUUGAUACAGUAAUUAAAGCUCCUGGGGUAACACUUUACUAUCAGGCACUCCGAAUACCAUUCACUCUGCCCUUAGGCCCAUCUCCAACUUACAAGCCUCGAGAUAUCACUGCCUGGAAUUUAUUUCCUGAAAUAGCUUCGCAAAUAGCACAAGAAGAUCAAUCCACAUGUGAAGUCAGCGAGGGAGAUUUCAAAACAUUCGAUCAUGUGAGCCGUACAUAUUCUUUCAAUAAAAGCUGCAACGUGAUAGUGGCCCAAGACUGUACAGAACACCCAAAAUUCAUCAUUACUACAAGAAAGGUUGAUCCUCAGUCUUUCUCAAGAGAGGUUCACAUAAAUACAACCUCAGCGAACAUCACAAUCUGUCCUGCUGCAGAUUCAUCUCUCCUCGUGGCAUGCAAUGAAGAACCAGUUCUAUCACACAGUGGAGUUUCUGAGUAUGAAAAAGACAAUGUUAAAAUUUAUAAAAAUGGAACAACAGUUAUCGUGGAAGCUCCAACACACGGACUGAAGAAUGUGACUUUUGAUGGUGUGAUCCUUAAGGUUACCGUUGCUUCAUGGAUGAGAGGAAAGACCUGUGGAGUUUGUGGAAAUAAUGACAGAGAAAAGCACAAUGAACUCCAAAUGCCAAAUCAUAAGCUGGCACACAGCUGUUCUGCUUUUGUUCAUUCAUGGGCAUUGCUAGAAGAAACCUGCUCUGGUGGGUGCAAGCUGCAGCGCAGUUAUGUGAAGCUGAAUCGAAAUCCUACUAUUGAUGGAGAGGAAUCUACGUGCUACUCUGUUGACCCAGUACUGAAAUGUAUGAAAGACUGUACUCCAAUCGAAAAAACUUCAGUUAAGGUUGGCUUCCACUGUUUCCCAAAAGAUACUGCUGUAAGCCUGCCGGAAUGGCAGAAAAGCAGCGAUAAGAAAUCUGCAUCUGAGGAUGUUGUGGAGUCUGUGGAUGCCGACAUUGAUUGUACCUGCACUGGCGACUGUAGUUAAGCUAAACGCUUUAGUGUUGUGCUAUAGACAUACUAUACAAAUAAUUGAAUAGCUGGACAGAUAAGAAGGGAACGUAAUAGCUGUAGUAAAAUAUUAAGAAAUGUGCUUAAAGAAAAUAAGCCUACUGCGUUGCAUCCAAAGUCAAAUGCAUUAUGUACA